AUGCGUGUUUCCAAAUAUUGCUCAAAAUUACAUGUAUCACGAUUGGUUGAGAGAACGCGCAAUACUGGCACCAAAAAUGUGCAAGUCAAUUCAAUCAAUUAUCAAUUUCUAGAAAAAUUGCCAGACGAAGUGACAACAUAUAAAUCUGUUGACAGCGCAAUGAAUCAAGAUGACGCAGUGAAUUAUCCAGUUGAAUUUUUGAAUUCAAUGGAACCGCCUGGUAUGCCACCACAUUGUUUGAAUUUAAAGGUCGGCUCAUCAAUUAUUUUACUACGGAAUUUAAAUACUCCAAAACUGUGUAAUGGCACAAGACUGGCAGUAAAAAAAUUGAUGGCGAAUUUAGUUGAAGCAACAAUACUGACUGGCAAAGCGAAAGGUGAAAUUGUGCUCAUACCACGUAUUCCACUGAUAAAAACAGACAUGACGUUUGAAUUUAAGCGUUUGCAAUUCCCAGUGCGUCUAGCAUUUGCCAUGUCCGUCAACAAGGCGCGUGAAUUUGGAGGAGCCGUGCUUUUCGCACGGACAGCUAUACGUGGCCUGUUCAAGA